GGAAAUAGUAAACCGGCAGUGAACGGUACCCUACUAUAAACCAAGUGGAUUCUGAAUUGCAGAAACCGUAGGUAUAGGGAAAGAGUUAUCAACCCUUAAUCGGAAAGGGGAAUCUGAGAAAAUAACCACGUUUUAAGUAUCUCAUUACACACAAAUAAGUGCAAUUUGCAGUGGCGCCAACAUUCGUCGCAUUUACUCAGAAGUGGAGGGAGUCGCACCCGUGCCACAUCCCGGGGCGUAUACUCAAUCAGGUAAACUUAGCCCAAGGACAGAGAUCUCCGACCCAAAGACACCAGAGUCUGCAUUUGGUAAUUUCGAGUCAUUCUGUGAACACCUUAUUAAUCAGAAGUCUUUCAAGCAUGGAUCUCAACAUCGUAGCUGCUUUCUUCCUUGCUUUAAUUUUACAGUCAAGGCUGACAUCGGGAGUACUGACAACAGUUGACCCACCUACUGAUGUACAGAUUAUUGAUCCUGGACACUUAGGUCCACUUCACAUACACUGGAAGCCUCCACUCAGUUUGGCCGGCAGAAUGAUUUGUAUGGUACGGUACAUGUUGCUCUACUGCAAUGUAGACUCAACUAAUUGUAAGCAUGUAGUCACUGGGCAACUGAAGCACACUGAUGGAUUUAACCUCAACAAGGGAAUCAUUGUGAAAAUCCAAACGUUAGUAAAAGAGCAAUGUGAAAAUGGAUCUGAAAUACACAGCAAAUGGGUCGAGAAAGAGUACUGGCCACACAAAGAAGGUCAUGUGGAUUCCAAAGUCAAGAACUUGCAAUGCGUUGUUUACAACAUGCAAUACAUGGAUUGUUUAUGGGAGAAUGGAAGCAAUGUUCCACAUGAUAUCAAUUACAGACUCCAUUAUUGGCAUCACAAGCUGGACCAAGCCAUGGAAUGCAAAACUUACCUUAAAAGUGAAGGUCAUAAUAUUGGCUGCCAUUUUAACGAAGACAGUCUCAUCGAGUUCACUGAUUUCAACAUUUGCAUAAAUGGCUCCUCAGGAGCUCGUUCAGUGAGGCCAGCAUAUUAUGUAUUUCAGCUUCAGGAUCUUGUUAAGCCAGCAGCUCCUUAUAAAAUCAACAUGACUACAUCAAAGAAUGGUAGCAUUUAUCUCCAGUGGGAACCCCCAGCUGGCAAAAUCAAACCUCACUGCCUGGAUUAUGAAAUUCAUUCCUCAGGAAAAGACUCUAUCUGGAAGUCUGAAAAAAAGCUUGAGGAAUCUACCUAUACGUUCCUGCACGUGAAUGUUAAACCAAAGUUCUGUGUCCGUUUAAGAGCCACUGUCAACAAAUUCUGUGCUGAAAAUAGCUUUUGGAGUGACUGGAGCCCUACCCAAUGCUUGCAAGACUCUUCAGCAGAAAAGGAGAAUGAUUCUAUUAAAUUUACUUUGUUGCGUGAGCUGAUUUUACUCACAUCAUUGGCAUUAAUCACUUUGGUUCUGCUUGUGAGUAUUCUUGGCUGCUGGAUCAGACGGAAACGAUCCUUUGCAAAGAAAAAGUUCAAUGUGUUACUUACUGAAAAAACCAAGAGCAUCAAAGAAAGAAAAUGCAUCAACUGCUGAAAUAUUGCUCACACUUUUAAGAGUAUUACUGAUUGUUUAAAGUUCUCAAUAAUUGCAUUUUAAAUUAAUACAAUUUAAGAAUUUCCAUACAAAAUGGGUUUUUAUGUAUUCAGUCCAGUUGUUCCUUAGAUGUUUGUAAACUUACCAGCUGCAUUAUGCAAGAGCCGGGGUAAUUUUGUAGUGAAGCAACAGUGUAGCAGUUAUUUUCAAAUUGUGCAACUCUUAAGACAUUUCUUGUGAAUGAGUGGGUAUUCCAUGAGCUUUGGAAAGCAAGUUGAACUAUUACAUUGUGAGGAUAUUAUAAAAGAAGAUUUGGAAUUAAAUAAUAUAUUUUAGGAUCCAAGUGUAAUGUGGCUAAAGAGAUAUUCUUGAAGUGUGAUUUUCCUACCAAUGUAAAUUCAGAUGCAUAUAAAACUUACAGAGGUGUUAGAGAGUGCAGAAAUAGGUCCUUUGAUGCACUAUGUCCUUGUUGGCCAUUCAGUACAUGUCUAUACAAAUCCCAUUUUUCAGUACACUUCUCAACCACAUAUCAAGUGCUCAUCGAAAUACUUAAAUAUUGUGAACAACCCUCAGUCAGUGAGUUCCAGAUUUCAAUUACUCUCUGGGUGAAAAGAUAUUCUUCCUCAAAUCUUUUUUAAACCUUGUAUCCCUUACCUUAUAUCUGUGCCCUCCAGUCAUAAACAUACCUGCUAAAGUGACAAAUUCUCCACUAUGUCUUUGCCCCUUAUAAAUAUAUAUUUGGGGGCUGUAAUACACCCCCAGUAAACAGAUAACCCUUCCUUUGUCGCUAAGGUCCAUCUCUGUGGGCUCAUUUGAAGAACCUUCUAGGAUAUUCUCUCUCCGUAUUUCAAAAAUGAAUUCCAGUAUCAUUUCCCCUUUUAUACUCUUCUGCUCACCCUCAAACAUUUAUUGAAAAUGAUUCUAUACCUGGAAAGUUGAGCUUCCAUCUGAUGCACCAUCAAUAACUCUUUGAGACGUGAGGCGAGAUAUCGGCUUUUAUUGGCUGGAAGAAAGAACAAGCAGCAAUUGACCACCACACUGCAUCCUGGAGACUGAGGCCGGGGUGGUGUCUCCAAUCGCCUUUAUACCGGGGUCCGUGGGAGGAGCCACAGGAGCAGUCAGUGGUGGGGUGUGUCCAGACAGGUAUAUGUAGUUCACCACAACAUCUUUCAGCCAAAUUGCCACAAUUGAAAUAGUAACACAUUCCUGUUUGUUAAUCUCUUAUCUCAGUUUCUUUGUUCCUUGUGUCAUUACAGUUGCAAACCAUGAAAACUUAGCUAACUUUGAAGAGUUUUCAUUUUUUCUCUCCCACUGAGCCCCAUUCUCCUCCUAAAUUUCCUUAAACUCUCACCUAUAAGAAUAAUGGACAUUUUCCAGUUCAGAUACAAUCUGCCUGCCUUGUAUGUCUCAUCUUUCCUGAAACUUUAACCAUGACCUUGACAUCAAAAACCCUGCAGUACAAUCUUCUCAGUUACACCUUUGUUUAACCGUUCCUAAAUCUUUAUAUUCAAAAGCACUUGAAGUAAUCCAAAGAUUACAGAGGUCCUGCUCUCUAAUCUGCUCCCUGUACUCACAAUACUGGACCUCAGCCCCCAUUUUACUCAUGUCAUUCCAACUCAAAUGAAGUACAACUUGUGACUGUAUAUUCUGCCUUAGAACUCCUCUGUGAUCUUGGUGCCCGGAGCAUCAAACCAACCUGGGUUUGUAUACUGUCUUUUCCCUCAGUAUUGAGCACCCUGUCAUUAUUGUCCUAGGACUCUGCUCCUUUUCCUUUUUUAAAGUUAGAGCCAUACGCAAUGCUGGGAAUGUCACCAGCAACAGGAAGCUGAACUACAUUUCAGGAUGGAAGCACAAUCAUUAUUUUUUCUGAUUUAUGAAAAUUAAUGUUCAGUCCUGAUCUUUUGGGUGUGUUGUACAAAGUCUGCUUAGAAGAAAUGUUUUAAAAUAACAAUAUUUGAUGUUAAUGAUAAGUUAGGUGGGUUUGCAAGGAGCAGUUGUCUCAUAAGGCACAACUAAAUGAAUUGGGAAACUGGUUGACAGAAAUACAUGCUGUAGUACUGUAUUAUUUAUGUGUAUAAAGUAUUAUUAUGCUGUUCAUUAUUAUCAAAAAAUUUAGAAAGCAUUUUAUAGAAUACAUUUCAUGAUUUAAGAUGCCCAAGUGCAGUUUUUGUGCCUAUUUGUAUUGUAUAUUUUAAAGAAGAAGGUGAUCUUCUGGAAUUAAAAGACAUCCAGGACUAUGCAGAGGGUGAGAGAACACGGUAUUGAGAUAAAUGAUCGGCCAUGACUGCAUUGACUGAUGGAGCAGGCUCAAAGGCUAAACAGGCCUAUUCCUAUUCCUAUCAUCCACGUUCUAGUAACAUAAAUACAAACUUUUUAAGCUAAACAGAAGAUGUUAGUUCCUGUUUCCAUUUAACACCAUUGGAAAUGGUCUUUAAUUCAGUAUGUACUGUAUACACAAUAUGCUUACAUAUUUAACCCCAGUAUUUAGUAAUACUAUAGUGAGAUAUCAGCACUAAACAUUUUAUCUGUUUGGCUUUUUGAAUGUGCAUUGUUAGCAAGCAAAACUGCCAGGAGAAUUGCUGGUUCUUGAGAAAUCAGUGCAGUAAUUUUACUCUUUCAUUAACUGGGUUAUAAAACUGCACUGAUACUUGUGUUGUAAAAAUAUUAAGUGAAUAAAACUGAAACAGUUUGAGUCAAUGCACAUGAAGUAAAUGUUCUGAUAUUAAAUCUAGAAGACAAUAUGAGUGCAGCAAGCUUUUGUAAACAAUGAAAUGAAUGGACAGUAUUUUUUUAUUUGAUUAGGACAUUUUGCUCUUUAGUUAAUACCUUGGGAUUCAACUGAAUGACCAGAAUGAGCCUAUUAAUCAACAUUUUAUACAAAACUUUCAGAAAUGAAAUGCUGUCAUUAAAACAUAUUUCCAUAUAUUAGUUAAUUGUAAUAAAUAAAAGGUUAUCCUGCAUAAUAAUGUCAUAUAUUUGUAAAACUUCCUUUGUAGUUUGUGUUAUUUGGAUGCAGAAGAUCAAAAAUAAGAUUUUCACUAGUAAAAAUGUACUUUUUAAUUACAUAAGUGAGAAUAAAGAGCAUCAGUGUAAUUAAAAGAACAAAAACUACAGAUGGUAUACAUAUGUAAUAAAAACAGAAAGUGUUG